ACUGUUGAAGAUUAUAAGAAAUAUCUAAUCUAGUGCCCUCAGCACAGAAUUCAGAAUUAGCCACAAACAUGACAUCCCCAGAAGCAAAUUACGCACUUGCGUGUUUUUAUGUAACAUUCAUAAUCCUGUUGGCUCUUAUAUCUAAUGCAACACCAUUAGCAUUCAACUACAAGCGAUUCAGUGACACCAUAAAUACCUUAAACAUUGUCGGAGAUGUGUAUCAAGAUAACGGAGCCCUCCAACUCACUGAAUACAAGAAAGACAGCCUCGGAAGAGUUACCUAUUACAAACCUCUCCAUCUUUGGGACAACAAAACCGGCAAGGUCACAGAUUUCACCACCCAUUUCAGCUUCUCCAUCAACACUCCAAACAAAUCCUACGAUGGCGACGGCAUCACCUUCUAUCUAGCAGAGCCCAAUUUCCCACUUCCAGUUCCAAGAGACGGUAGCGGCAUUGGUCUCCUCAGCCGUUAUGAGUUGAGUAAUCCAAACUACACAAACGAACACCCGUUUGUGGCGGUGGAGUUUGACACCUUUGGCAACGAUUGGGAUCCUCCCUAUGAUCAUGUUGGCAUCGAUGUUAAAUCUAUUGCCACUGCUUUCACUGCAGAAUGGGGUACUUACACAACACAAUGGUUCAGUAGCAGGGAUGAGAGAGGUUAUGAUGCUGUUAUCGCUUACAAUUCUAGUUCCAACAAUCUGAGUGUGGCUUUCACAGGGUACAAGGAUAAUGUCACAAAAAUUGAGCAGCACUUGUCUUGUGAAGUUAAUCUGAGAAAUGUUCUGCCAGAAUGGGUUGAGUUUGGAUUCACUUCAGCAACGGGGUUCUACUUUGAGUAUCACACCCUCAGCUCAUGGUCCUUCAACACUAGUUUGAGCACUCAUGAAGCAAAUGACCAGAAUAGAAGCAAGAAAGGCUUGGUGAUAGGGCUAGGUGUUGGUGCAGGUGUUUUAAUAUGUGUUUUAGUGCUGGCUUGUCUUAUGGGGUGGAAGCUGAGGAGCAGAAAAAGGAGAGACAGUUUUGAUGUUGCUAUGGACAGAGAUUUUGAAAGAGGCACUGGACCCAGGAGGUUUUCUUAUGAAGAACUUUCUAGAGCAACUAAUAAUUUUGCAAAGGGACAUAAAAUUGGAGAGGGAGGUUUUGGUGGAGUUUACAAAGGAUUCUUAAGAGAUUUGAACAUUCAUGUUGCCAUUAAGAGGAUAUCUCAGGGAUCACAACAAGGGGUGAGGGAGUAUGCAUCUGAAGUCAAGAUUAUUAGCCAACUGAGGCACAAGAAUUUGGUUCAGCUCAUUGGAUGGUGUCACCGGAAGAAUGACCUGCUGUUGAUUUAUGAGUUCAUGGAAAAUGGAAGCUUAGAUUCCUAUAUAUUCAAGGGUAAAAGCUUGUUGACAUGGGAAGUAAGAUAUAACAUUGCUAGAGGCUUGGCUUCAUCUUUAUUGUACUUGCAUGAAGAGUGGGAACAAUGUGUGCUUCAUAGGGACAUCAAACCCAGCAAUGUUAUGUUGGAUCCUAAUUUCAAUGUGAAGCUUGGAGAUUUCGGGUUAGCAAGACUGAUGGACCACGGGACAGAAUCGAAAACGGCGAGUUUAGCUGGAACAAUGGGAUAUCUGGCUCCUGAAGCUGCCACAAGAGGUAAGGCAAGCAAAGAGUCAGAUGUGUACAGUUUUGGAGUUGUUGCAUUGGAGAUAGCUUGUGGAAGAAGGAUCAUUGAACAAAAUCUAAUUGCAAAUCAGAUCCACUUGGUGGAUUGGGUUUGGGAACUGUAUCCCACAGGUAAUCUUCAAGAAGCAGCGGAUCCAAGAUUAUAUGGUGUUUUUGAUAAACAAGAAAUGGAGAGGUUAAUGAUUGUUGGACUUUGGUGUACUCUAACUGAUUACACUAUGAGGCCUACGAUAAGGCAGGUGGUUCUUGUGCUUAACUCUGAAGUUCCAUUGCCCACUCUCCCAUCACAGCUUCAUUCUUCCAACUAUUUCAUCCCAAGGACUAGUUCUGCUUCUGGAAAUAACCAGAGCCAGCCUUCAACUUCAAGCAAUAGCUCUCUCACCACGAGGUCUUCACAGUCUAGCAGCAGUGCAACUUCAGAAUCCUCUAAACUUCUAGCAACAUGAUGUUCAUAUUCUUAGCAAUUUUAUGAUUAUAAUUAUUUCUCUUUCUUUUCAACAUGAAAUUGUAAAUAAAUGUUUGACAUUUGCUGCUUUUCUAUAUUUGACCCAAUUCAUUUCUUCAA